AAAAGUUUGUUUCCCUAUUUGGAGAUCAACGAGCCUUGUAGAUCAAUGACGAUAUCUCAUGUCCAGCUUCUUCCUCUUUUCCUCGCAUCACUCUUUUGCUUACCAUCAUCUUUUCCUUUUUUGUACGCCAUCAAGUUCGAAAACUGCAAGGGUGUCGCAAAUAAUGUCGGUAACGUAACUAAUUUAACGCUCAGCCCAACGGGCGUGGAUAACAAAUAUACGUUAUACGUAUCAAUGGACACAAAGAAGCUGAUAUUCUUGGACGCAGGAGUUGCAAUACUAAAACUUAUAGUUGGCAAAAUGGCGUUCCGGGUUGUACCCGUUGACGAUUUUUGUAGUUGUGUAGAUACAUUGCCUAUUCAAGGUGGCAAAAACGUUAAUUUUUCUUUUACUAACGUUUCUUUGCAAAACGGCGAACACGAGGGUUAUGAUAAGGCUACUCUUACUUUCGGUAGUCAAGAUCGUAUCGAAAUGUGCAUCAACUUCAAUCUGAAUAGUGUCAUAGCAUCAGCAGCAGUCUCUCCAUAACCAAGUACUUGGGGGGGACCGACAAACUGGAAAAACGACUAUUGCUAUCUGUCUUGCUACCGUCCUAUGUGUUGCUCAGCAAAUAAAACAAAACUUAUAAACCGAUGUUUGAUUUCCCUCUGUUGUAUUUUCGUUUAAUUCAUGUGAAUUGGGACCUCGUUUUUUUUUUCUGGUAUUGGUUCCAAGCUGAUUUUUAAGUGACUUAUAUCAAG